UAUCACUUCGUCGAAGCACAUCCCACUUUCCUCAGACGUCCUUCCACUCCAAUGGAUAACACCAGAGUUUCUUCCGACAGGGCGCGGUACGUGCCACCGCCGUUGAAAGAAUGCCAGCAAAUCCUCAAACAGUUCAUUGGGAGCAAGCCGGGCCUACUUAGUUUUUUCCCUGAUUUCACGCUCGAUGAUUAUGCGACCAGAGCAGCGGGGAUGAUCUCGAAGCUUGUCAGCGAUGGCUGUUCUCCAGGGAUGGCCGCUCAACUUGCGGUUCUGGUCCUGUACGAUCUGGUACUUCUGGUUGUCCUCCCCCGCCAUUCUCUAAUCAGACGACAGUAGCUCCAUGGUAACCGAUGACAGUGGCCAACGGCCAGCGACGUUGUUCCGGGUGUUGGAGACGGUCGCCAAAAUCUAUGGGCUAGCGCGAGAGGCGGGAAUUGUGUCGAUCCGAUAUCUCAAUGGACGGCGGUCGCACUCAAACAUCACAAGUGACAAGAUUGAAACGGUUUGUGACGAGAUUAAGUUCAAAGGUCUCACGAAGAUUGGUACACAGCUGCAAGAAAAGAUCCUAGAGCCAUUUGUGAAGUCCACUAUGACCAAGCCUUUACUGGUGAUGGUCAUAACUGACGGCAAUAUUGAUGGCGAGAAUGAAGGGCUUCUAGAGAAAAAUAUUGAAAAGUGCUUCUUGGGGUUAGAGCAGGAUCUUGAACAGACGACAGAUGCCGUCACAUUCAUGUUCGCACGAAUUGGUGAAGAUCAGGGCGCUCAGGACCUCCUAGAUUCACUAGUCAACAGCCCGAAUAUAGCCAGGUGGAUCGAGUGUCUGCCAGUCACGUAUCGCCUGGAACAAAUCGGCUAUCGUACCCUAACCCAAUGGACGGUUCUCAGAAGGUUUCUGCUUAGUGCUUUAUAUAGAGAUCCAGUCACGGUCUUCGAUACACCUCCAGUUAAAGUUUUACGGGAUAUCCCCACACCUUCUGCCCCCGUAGUUUCCGAUCCAGAAUCCGCUCAUCCGAGUGCAUUGGCAGGAGGUUCGGCCGGAUCCAUUAACCUGGACGGAUUGGAAAAUUCAACCGGAUCCGCAGAGUCGAACGCACUCGGAAGAGCGAACACCGAGCCCGGAAGCGCAAACGGACGUCCGGAUUCGAAUGGAUCCGCAAUCUCAACCGGAUCCGCAGAGUCGAACGCAGUUGGAAGCGCGAACGCCGAGCCUAGAAGCGCAAACGGACGUCCGGAUUCGAAUGGAUCCGCAGUCUUGAACGGAUCUGCAGAUUCGAAGAUACCAGCUAGUUCGAACGGCCAAUCGGAGAAACCGUGGACGGUGGUUCGGAUGACGGCGGAAAAAUGCGCUGUGAAACUCAAACUAUUCAUCCAACGUGAAAAGCCGGGGCUGCUUACAUUCUUUCCGGAUUACGACGUCAAAAAAUAUGCCCUAAAAGGUGCGGAGAUGGUUGAAGGGCUGGUCCGCUAUGGAUGUCCUCGGGAAAUGGCGGAACAGUUUGCAGUUUUGGUGCUGUAUGAUCUUGUGAUUUUGCUUGACGAUAGCAGUUCGAUGGGUUCCGGCGCUGAUAGAAAGCGGGAGAAUAUGUUGUUGGAGGUGUUGAUCGCGGUUGCGAGUGUCUAUGGGCUUGCCAGGGAUCAGGGAAUUGUGACCGUUCGGUUCUUCAAUGCGCCGCGGGGGCGGAAGGACGUCACUCGUGGAAAGGUCGAGAAGUUACAUGGAAAUAUUCAGUACAACGGUGUCAGCAUGAUCGGUACACAGCUGCAGGAGAAGAUCCUGACCAAACUCGUCCAAGCGCCGAAAGCAAUAAUGGCCAAGCCAUUACUGACUAUCAUCAUGACCGACGGCAAUAUCGAGGGUGAGAAGGAUGGGCUUCUGAAGAAAUAUAUCAACAACUGCCUUGCCAAAUUAGAUGCUGACAAAACGAAGACGGUAGACGCUGUCGCUUUCAUGUUUGCAAGAAUCGGAGAGGAUCAAGGUGGUAGGAAGCUUAUAGAGGAACUCGACAACGACCAGAAGUUGGGCCCUUGGAUCGAUUGCUUACCGGUGGAUUCUAGCCUGGAAGAUAUUGGUGAUCUGAGAGUUUUUGACGGCCUGGAAGAAAACAGUAGCCAGAAAGGUAUCGACAGCCAGGAACUUGAGAAGCGACGCAUACGUAGGCUCACGCGUUGGGGAGUAGUCCGAAAACUUCUGCUUGGCGCUCUGUAUGCGGAAAUUGACAAGAUGGACGAAGACGAGGGAGUCAGGGAUGAGGACUUUAUGAAAUUCCAGCCGGAGGUGAAGGACGGCAACGAGUCGGACGGCAACGAGUCGGAUGACUAUUAAUAGACGGCUUUUAAUGGGCUUGGUGGUCCUCUAUUGAGUGCGCUUUGCGAGCGGAUCGAACGUCAACGUCCGAAGUACAUAAGAAUGAAAUGAAUUGGAGGUUGAGCGG